CACACACACAAACACACACACACAGAAUAUGGGUUCUUCUGGUUUUUCAUUAUCUUCUACUGCAGAGGAAGUAACUGAAGGUGUCGAUGGAAGUGGCCUCACUGCAAUUGUCACAGGAACAACCCAUGGCAUUGGCACUGAGACUGCAAGAGUUCUUGCUUUGCGUGGUGUUCAUGUGAUUAUGGGAGUGAGAAAUAUGAUUGCUGGGAAUGAUGUUAAAGAGGCAAUACUUAAAGAGAUUCCAACAGCUAAAGUCGAUGUCAUGGAGUUAGAUCUUAGCUCAAUGGCAUCUGUUCGGAAAUUUGCAUCAGAAUUCAUAUCAUCUGAUCUUCCCAUAAACAUCUUGAUAAACAAUGCAGGAAUUUGUGCAACUCCUUUCACGCUAUCGAAAGACAACAUUGAACUACAAUUUGCCACAAAUCACUUAGGUCAUUUUCUUUUAACGAAUCUUUUGUUGGAUACUAUGAAGAAAACAACAACUGAAAGCAAGAAAGAAGGAAGGAUUAUUAAUGUAACUUCUGAUGGUCACCAAUAUACAUAUCCUGAAGGAAUCCUUUUUGAUAAAAUUAGUGAUGAAUCAAGCUACCAAAAGUGGCGCGCAUAUGGACAAUCAAAGCUUGCUAACAUUUUACAUGCCAAUGAACUUGCAAGACAACUUAAGGAAGAUGGGGUAGAUAUUACAGCAAAUUCUCUUCAUCCGGGAGCCAUUAUCACUAAUAUUUAUAAUCCUAUGCAUGGUGGCUAUCCUCCAGCUGAUCUAAUUGAACUGCUUGGAAAGUAUGUGCUUAAAAGCAUCCAACAGGGAGCAGCAACAACAUGCUAUGUAGCAUUGCACCCACAAGUGAAGGAAGUAACUGGUGAGUAUUUUUCAGAUUGUAAUUUGGCUAAAGCAAGCUCACAAGCAACAGACGCUGAUUUGGCAAAGAAACUUUGGGAUUUUAGCAUGAAUAUAAUUGAGUAGAAGGCCUAUGGUCAACUGUAUGACAUAUGCCUAUUUAAAGAUUAAAUUCAACUUCAAAAAAUUUAAAAAGUUGUUUAAUUUGAUUAAAAGUUUAAAAUUAACUUAUUAGCUUGUUUAUUAUUUUUUUAAUAUGACAUAUAGCUUGUUUAUCAACU